CGCGCGCGGUGCCAUGGAAACUGGAGGCCUGGCGUAACUGUCUUGACUCUGAAACUGCCUUUUAGUCUCUCCAAGUCCCUUAGCACCACAAGGCAAAAGCCUGGUGAAAUUGGGAUUAUUGUGACUGCAGAAGAAUGACCCCUACCACUUCUAUGGAUGAAGAAGAAAAAGAUACUUUUAAAAUUUUAGUUGCUACAGAUAUUCAUCUGGGCUACUUGGAGAAGGAUGCUGUGCGUGGAAAUGAUACAUUUGUAACUUUUGAUGAAAUCUUGAAGCUUGCUCAAGAUAAUGAGGUGGACUUUCUUUUGUUAGGUGGAGAUCUCUUUCAUGAAAACAAACCCUCAAGGAAAACAUUACACACUUGCUUAGAAUUAUUAAGGAAAUAUUGCAUGGGUGACCGUCCUGUGCAGUUUGAAAUUCUGAGUGAUCAAUCAGUUAAUUUUUCUUUUAGCAAAUUUCCCUGGGUCAACUACCAAGAUGGAAAUCUCAACGUUUCUAUUCCAGUUUUUAGUAUUCAUGGAAACCAUGAUGAUCCAACGGGGGCAGACGCACUUUGUGCUUUGGACAUUUUAAGUUGUGCAGGACUUCUGAACCAUUUUGGGCGAUCGCCAUCUGUAGAGAAGAUAGAUGUUAGUCCUGUUUUGCUUCAGAAAGGCAAUUCAAAAAUUGCUCUCUAUGGACUAGGGUCUAUUCCUGAUGAGAGAUUGUACCGGAUGUUUGUAAAUAAACAAGUAACCAUGCUGAGGCCAAAGGAAGACGAAGAUAGUUGGUUUAAUCUGUUUGUAAUUCAUCAGAACAGGAGUAAACACGGUGCCACAAAUUAUAUUCCAGAACAGUUUUUAGAUGAUUUUAUUGAUCUUGUAAUUUGGGGUCAUGAGCAUGAAUGUAAAAUAGCGCCAACUCGAAAUGAGCAACAGCUUUUCUACGUUUCCCAGCCAGGAAGUUCAGUGGUCACAUCUCUAUCACCAGGAGAAGCUGUGAAAAAGCAUGUCGGCUUGCUGCUAGUCAAAGGCAAGAAAAUGAACCUGCGGAAGAUUCCUCUCCAGACAGUGCGGCCUUUCUAUAUUGAUGACAUUGUCCUAGCUGACCAUCCAGACAUUUUUAACCCUGACAAUCCUAAAGUAACACAAGCCAUACAAGCUUUUUGCAUGGAGAAGGUUGAAACUAUGUUGGACAAUGCAGAAAGAGCACGUCUUGGAAAUCCCCGGCAGCCAGAGAAACCUCUCAUAAGAUUACGAGUGGAUUACAGUGGAGGCUUCGAACCAUUCAGCAUCGUCCGUUUCAGCCAGAAAUACAUGGAUAGGAUAGCUAAUCCAAAAGAUAUCAUACAUUUUUUCAGACAUCGGGAGCAAAAAGAGAAAAGUGAAGAGGAGAUUAACUUUGGGAAGUUUGUUCACAAGCCUGCAUCAGAAGGAUCAACUUUGAGGGUGGAGGACCUCGUGAAGCAAUAUUUCCAGACAGCAGAGAAGAAAAUGCAGCUCUCCCUCUUGACUGAAAGAGGUAUGGGGGAAGCAGUGCAAGAGUUUGUGGAUAAGGAGGAAAAAGAUGCAAUAGAAGAAUUGGUGAAAUUCCAGCUAGAAAAGACCCAGCGAUUUCUGAAGGAACGACAUACAGAUGCAGAGGAAGCGAAAAUUGAUGAAGAGGUACGACUGUUCAGAGAAUCACGACAAAAGAAUACUGAGGAGGAAGAUGAAGAAGUUCGUGAGGCUAUCAGCAGGGCUAAAGCCCACCGAUCUCAGGGAGCUGACCAGGAUUCUGUCUUGAGUGAUGAUGACCUCAUGGAUGUGGCUGCCUAUGAUCAAAAAGACCAUGAAGAUUCAGAUGAGGGUCUUUCUUCAGCAUCCAGCCGGGGAAGAGGGAGAGGAAGAGGCCGGGCAAGAGGUGGAAGAGGGCAGAACCCGUCAGCCAGAGGAGCACCGCGACGGGGAAGAGGAGGGAGCAGUGUUCAAGAACAGACAAAUAGCAGUAGAAUGUACAAUCCUAUAUCUGCUUCUACGAAGAACAUGUCUAUCCUGGAUGCUUUUAAAUCAACAAGGCAGCAGCCCUCCCGGAACAUUCCUGCCAAGAGGUAUUCAGAGGUAAUUGAAGAUGAUGAUUUUGAUUUGGAAGAAGUGUCCUUUACUCCGUCUUCUACUGCAAACCAAAGAUUGUCAAGCUCAGCGGCAUCUAGUAAAAGGAGCUCUCAGACCCAAGCAUCAAGAAGUGUUGUGACUCUGUCUGAUGAGGAUGAGUUUGAUCCCUUCAAGGGUACUUCCACUUCAAGAAGAAACAGACGAUAACUUCACAGUCUGUUGUCUGGAAGGAUAUUGGAAAAAAAGGAAGCAAAAACCUUUCCCAUGUUCACUAAAGGAAUCCUAAGAAAUAUUCAGCUCCUUCCAAACCAUUUAACUGUUGGUUACAUGUUGCUUUGAAAUGUUUUGCUUCCUUUAUGGAAGAUUAGUUGUUACUGAUCGUGUCUAUGCAGUAUCACUCAAAGUGCUUGAGAAUACUCAAUGGAACUGACCGUCUCCAAGAGCAGAACCCCCCCCCUUUUUUUUUUUAAGGAAGGAAAUCUGCCAAGAAGUCAAUUAGGUAUCUUUUUUCUAUUGCACAGAAACAUUAAUGGAUCCCCCACCCUUUAAUAUUAUGGAAGAAUAAAUUAGAAUGGCAUAUGUGACAUGGUUCAAGAAUAGUGGUUCCCCCCUCCCACUACAGAUCUCUUACUUUUCCCUCAUAUUUUUUCCUGGGGAGUCCCCCAGGUGCACCAUUUCAGGGGGCUAUUUUGGACCACAGCAGGAGAGAUGUGACAAGGAAAAUCUGCUCUGCUGAUGGACAUGAUCCAUGGGAUCCAAGCCAGUAUUCAGAAGAGCCUGGGGGUAUCUUUGGGCUCACAUGUUGCACCUUGAAUUUCCCCCACUUUUAUGGUUUGCUACGCACAUCCAAACCAGCAGACUACAGUUUAUGCUUUCCCUAUAAACUAUUGUUUGCAAUCCUAGUAUGACGUUUUGGAUGCAGUGGCAAGUUGUUAGUUGCAAAAGCAGAAUCAGACUUAUUAUUGGCUGCCCUUGGAAAGGAGGGGAGCAUAAGCUUGAGCAUCCUCCGGGUUCAGCCACAUAGCAGCAAAUUAUGGUUUGCUCUUUACAUUUGAACCAUGCCUGGAUGUGCUAAUGGGCAAUUUUCUUGCUGUCCAGGCCUUUACACAUUUCAGUCAGGAAGGGAUUUUGUAUGACUUUAAAAUGGUUUCUAAGGCAAUAUUGAUACAACAUAAAUCUGGCUCUGUUUUUAAAUUUUGCGUAGCCUGUGAAGUACUUGGACAUAACAUUUUAUUCUUCCUUAUGAACCUGUUUAUGAUUUAUAAGCACUUUUAAGCAUGAAGGGCUGUGCAUAUAUACAUAGCUGUAGGAUUAUGGAUGUACAGAAGUGUUUCCCUAGGAAUCACAACGUAGGCUGUCUUUGUUGAUCUGACACUUGGUUGGAUGCCUAUAGCUAUAAAAGAACUUGGCAUGAAUUUUACAGCUGUGACCAAAAGCAGUGAAUUGAAAUGUUCCAUGCCAGUGUGCAGCUCCCGUUUUGUAAUUUCACUUACCACUGCUUGUUAUUCUGCUUUGUGCCCCAUCUCAGAUAACUUCUGUUGUUUUGGUAACUUGGGAAAAAGCAGCAUAACAAGGCGCUGUACAAGGAUCGGUUCCAGUAUUUCCAACAUGUAGUGAGUCAGUUUGGAGGGAUAUGAUAUAUUUUCAUAUGGAAAGUUAAUCUUGUAUUUUUAUAGAUAUUUUAACAAUUCUGAAAAAGGGGGUUGGGAAACAAGUAAUGUUAAAUGUGUAUGUAAUUUCUUUUAUAUUUUUCUCUCCUAUGUAUUUGAUCAAGAUUUCUGUUUGUUUAGAAUAUUCAGGGAUUUGGGUUUGUUCUGAUUGAACAAGGAAGCAAAUUAAAGGCCUUUGAUGAUGUAAUAAAGAAAAAAUGUGUGGUAGCUAUUGCAUCCUACUAUAUAAAAGGUUAAGCGUAUUCAAGACAACUCACUUCCUACCCUGGUGCACCUCUAGAGGGCGCUGCUAUGGAGGGAAGCCGAGAUGAAGCAGCCAGACCUCCAGAGAGUGUGCCAUGGUGGGAAGCCCGGUCCAGGAGCAGGUGUGGAGCAGACAGCAAUGCCUGCCCUCUACCUUCACCCAGCUGGGAUCAGGAGCAGAGCAGGUGGCAAUGUUGCCCCCCUGCCGUCACCCAGCUGGGGAUCAGGAGUGGAGCAGGUGGCAGUGGCCAUCCCCCAUCUUCACCCACCUAGGAUCAAGAGCGGAGCAGGUGGCAAUGCCUAUCCCCCAUCUCCACCAGCUGGGAUCAAGAGCAGAACAGGUGGCAAUGUCCGCUCCCCGCAUUCACCCAGCUGGGAUGCAGAGCAAAGAAGGUGCCAAUGCCCGCCCCCUGCCUUCACACAUUUGGGAUCAGGGGUGGAGCAGAUGGCAAUGCCUGGCUGCCACAUUCACCCAGCUGGGAUCAGCUGGGAGUGGAGCGGGUGGCAGUGCCCGCUUGCUGCCUUCACCCAGCUGAGAUCAGGCGCAGAGCAGGUGGCAAUGCCUGCCCACCCAGCAUGGAUCAAGCAUGGAACGGGGAAAUACCCGCUCUCUGCCUUUAUCAAGCUGGAAUCAGGAGCAGUGCAGGUGGCGAUGCCUGGCCCUCGCAUUCACCCAGCUGGGAUCAGGAGUGGAGCAGGUGCCAAUGCCCACCCACCGCCUUCACUCAGCUGUGAUCAGGCACAGAGUACGUGGCAAUGCCCACCCACCCUUUCUCCAGCUAGAAUCAGGCACAGGGCAAGGGGAUACCCGCUCUCUGCCUUCACACAGCUGGGAUCAAGAGUGGAGUAGGUAGCAAUGCUCGCGCGCCCCCCGCUAUCACCCCACUGAGGUCAGGAGCGAAGCAGGUGGCAAUGCCCAUCCCCUCUUUACCCAGCUCAGAUCAAGAGAAAAGCAGGUGGCAAGGCCGGCUCCCCCCUUCACCAGGCUGAGAUCAGCAGAGGAACAGGUGGGAAUGCCCGCCCCUGACUUCACCCAGCUGGAAUCAGGAGCACAGCAUGUGGCAAUGCCAGCCUCCUGCCUUCACCCAGCUGGGAUCAGGAGCGAAGCAGGUAGAAAUGUCGCCCCCCCCUUAACCCAGAUGGGAUCAAGAGUGGAGCAGGUGGCAAUGCCUGCCCCCACCUUCACCCAGACGGGAUCAAGAGCAGAGCAGGUGGCAAUGCCUGUCUCCCCUUCAUGUGGCUGGGACCAAGCAUGCCCACUGCCUUCAUGCAGCCGGGAUCAGGAGCGAAGCAGGUGGCAAUACCCACCCCCUUCAGCCAGCCAGGAUCAGGAGAGGACCAGGCGGCAAUGCACAUACCUCCACCCACCUUGUUGACUCAGCUGGGAUCAGGCGUAGAGCAGGAGGCAAUGCCUGCCGAUCCUUCACCCGGCUGGGAACAGGUGCAGAGCAGGCAGCAAUGCACGGUCCCCUGGGAUCAGCAGUGGAGCAGGCGACACAAUACCAACCCCCCUUCACCCAGCUGGGAUCAGCUGCGGAGUAGGAGGGAAUGACUGCCCCUCUUCACCCAGCCGAGAUCAGGAGCUGAGCCGGUGGCAAUGCCUGUUCCCUUCACCUGGACAGGAUCAGGAGUAGAGUGGGUGGCAAUGUCCGCCUCCUUCAGCCUCCUGAGGAGGAUGGAAUGCCCCCCUGCCUGGCCUCCCCUUUCUAGAGCCUGUUGUAUUUUUUCCCACAACUGGCUUUGUUGCUAGCCUAAAAUAAGGUGCCUUGUUUUCUUUUGAUUUUUCUGGGUUGUUUUCAUUUUCUGAAGCCUUGAUAUUCUUUCUGUGCUUCACUUUUUGGUCUUCUAGCCUAUUAUUCAUAGGAGCUGGAAUAUAGAUGAGUACCAGAAUCUAUUACCCUCUGAACAACUAUUCUGAAGAAAAGCCAGGAUAUAUUAAACUUUUAUUGUCUUUUCACCAGAUGGGAGAGAAGACUGCCCCACAUUGCCUGAAAAGGCAUCUCCGUUUGCUAUCCAGUCACCCCCUUGCUUACUGGGUCAAGGUGGGUCAAGGGUCCAUAUGGAAACUGAUUACAACUGGGUUACCUACUGGAGAGAUGGGAAAAACUGCAUUCCUAGCUAUAUAACACAAAAUGACAAUUUCACAAUAUGAGUUUGUUUCUGUGUGUAUCAAAAUGAACCAUAAGUAUUUGUUUACUGCCAGAUCUGUGAGUUUGUCUCUUAUUGACAGACAGGAGCCAUGGAUGCAAAAAUACUUUCUUCUGACCAUGCUUUAUUUAGUCUUGGCCCUGAAUAACACAAAAUAUUUUUCACCCUAACCUAGAAAUAAAGAGGUAUGCAAAAAUCACAAUCUAUUAUGGUUUAGUAAUGGAUUUUAAUGUAUUUCCCUAUAAAGACUGCUUUGUGAAGGUCCGUGGACAAUGCAUGCAAGUUGUGUGUAUGCUUUUCAUAUAUAAAGGGUCUGGCUUAUUAAAAACUCAGAACUUAUGAUUGGUUGUGUAAAUGAAUAAAAAUUAUUUCAAAGGUAUUCUAUUUA